CUUGGCACUAAGUCAUGUUUGAAUCGACCAGUCUCGCCGUCCCCGUCCGCUCUUGGCCCUAUGGGUCGAUCUCCUUACGCGUUCAUGCCAGAAGGAGAGCUGAACCAGGUGCUUGGGUCUACAUCGGAAGUAUGCUCUCGUCGUUGAAAUCUCUCAAAGCUUGAGGUAUCUUUUCAAUUCUAGAUGCCAACACUCACAGUCUUUACUUCAAGAUAUUCUUGUCACUCAUUUUGAUCGGGUUCUUACGCCCAUUGUUCCUUUUUCAGUCUCUCGUUGAUCUGUACUGUGUUUUUGUAUUAAUUAUUUUUCAUAAUGAGGCUCUCACGGGUCUUGGCAGUGCUGCAAGCCUGCCAGUUUGUGCAACAUGUUCGUGCUGUGGCAGCCACAGAUACCCUUAUGGAUGGAGACUCGGCUCAGUCAGGUUAUCUACCAAACCAUAAUAUGGAUCCGGCUGUUGUUGCUGGUGGGAGUUUUGGACAGAUUUGGGCCUAUACCACACCUACAGGCGCUUCAGAACAGUUCUACGCCAAGCCCCUCGUCUUCACUCCAUCCAGCACUGGUCGUCAAGUCGUCUUGUCUUUCUCGGAGCAAAACAGAAUAUACUCUUUGGAUGCCGCCAAUGGUACUCUAGUUGCCACCCGUGAUCUUGGUCUCGAGGGUGAAGUACCUUUCCAGGUUUCUGAUCUCGGACAAUGCAACGAUAUAAGUGGCACGAUAGGCGUGACUGGCACACCAGUCAUUGAUCCUACGACAGAUACCAUCUACUUCUGGGCCAAGAGUUACCUCGGAACUGCGACCGGGUAUCAAAAUGGCGCAUACAGAUUCCAUGCAAUUGAUGCUGUCACCUUGAAGGAACGGCCAGGAUUUCCCACCAAUAUUCAAGGCACCCCCGCCGAUAACGAUAAUACGCGCUGGUUCACUGGAGGAACUGUUCUCCAAAGACCGUCUCUCAAUUUGGUCAAUGGAGUUGUCUUCGCAGGCUUUGGUGGUCAUUGCGAUCAAUACAACUUCACUGGCUGGCUCGUCGGCAUGUCAGCAUCAUCCGGCAAGCUCUUGACCUCAUACGUGACAAGUGGUGGUGCGGGUGCUCCAAAGCAAGAUGGUACUUUCAAUGGUGGUGGAGGAGGCUCUGGUAUCUGGAUGGCCGGUGCAGGAAUCGCUUCUGAUCAAGCAAAUCGUCUAUUCUUCGUCACAGGAAACGCAUACAAGACAGAAGUCAACCAAAACCAGCCCGCCUCUGGACGUCUCCACCUCGACACACUCAGCGAGACUGUGGUCAAUAUGGCAGUAAACGCUUCCACGGGUGUCGUAACACAGCAAGAUUACUUCGAGCCAUAUACCUACCUCGCCAUGGACGCUGGCGAUCGUGAUCUGGGCUCAGGUGGUGUUAUUCUUCCUGAUCCUGGGACUUUCAGCGGUGGUGGAGUUUCCAGACUGGCAAUUACGGUUGGAAAGAAUGGUGUCUGCUAUGUCAUGAAUGCGGAUAAUCUCGGAGGUUACAAGCUCGGCUCCGGUGGUACUGAUGCCAUUGUGCAGACAAUCAGCAUGCCUGGUGGUGGAUCUGUAUUCAACAAUGCUGGCGCGUAUCCUCUUGAAGGUGGUUGGCUUUACAUCACCCCAGUCGGAUAUCCCACCUUGGUCUACUCUCUGGGUCAUACAUCUUCAGGUCUUCCUGCCUUCACUCUCGUGUCACAAACUCCAGAUACUUCCGCUGCACGUGUCGGCACUGGCCCGGCAACCAUCACAACUUUGAAUGGACAAGCCGGAACGGGAAUUCUGUGGGUUAUUGAUCCUGAUGCGGGUCUGAGAGCCUAUAACGCUGUGCCCGUUAAUGGAGUUAUGACGAAGAUCAAUCUUCCUUCUAGUCCUUCUGUCUCCAAGUACCAGCGUCCCGCUUUUGGUAAUGGCCGAUACUACAUCUCUACCUCCAAUGGUAAAAUUCUAGCCUAUGGAUCUCCUGUCAAUACGCCUUUGACAUGCACUUCUCCUGUAGAUUUUGGUUCCGUUCCGAUUGGCAAUACCAAAACAUUGAAUGUGACUUGCACUGCAAAUAUUGGCAUCACUUCGUUCAAUGGCAUCGUUCUGGGAAAGUCAGUCUUCUUGGCCUCAAACUCUAGCUUGCCAAAAGGAGCUCUCGCAAAAGGCGCCAGCUUCAACCUCCCAGUUGUCUUUGAUUUGACAAAUCACCAACUCAACGCUGGGAGUACCUCUUCGCCACAAGUAUCGCCCGGUGUGCAGACCACGUCAAUCAGUCUCCUCACGACCAACGCCGUAGCUGGCUUUGCCACUCAACAACCCAUCACUCUGACAGGAAUGAGCAUCAGUUCAGCUCCUUUCUUAGCAAUCAACCCUCUGAUGGUUGAUUUUGACGGUGUGGUGGUUGGAUCUGCCGCUGCAGUAACAGGAAGCGACAGCACUUUCAUUAUCAGCAACAUCGGUCUCAGCAAUAUGACCAUUUUAGGCCUUGCAUACACUACUAGUUCUAUUGCUUCUGCCAACGCCUCAUUUUACAAUCUUACAGAAACCACAAAUGCCAAUGGGACCACGGUCACAACUUUUGAUGCCAAUGGAUACUUCACGUCUGAGGACAUGCCUCAAGUCGGAACUGUGAUUCCUGGUGGAGGAAGUAUUACCGUGGAUGCUAACUUCAACUCCAAUGUUACAGGAACAUACUACUCGCUCCUUGAAGUUUAUUCCGAUGGUGGAAAUGCAUACACAAUCUUCACAGGUUCUGCUGCUACAGUUCCCGUUGCCUUGCUCGAAUAUUCCAAUGGGGAAGGUGGAUGGACCACGAUCCCACAUUGUACCACUCCAAGCGCUGGCUGCACAUACGAAAUCGAUUUCUCUCCUUCUCCAGGAUUAACAAGUCAGACUAUCCAGCUUCGAAUGUCCAACAAUGGUGGAUCAGCACUCACUGUCACGAAGUCCAAACCACUCGAAGGAGCUGUACUUGGUGCAACAAAUCCUGACACAGAUUUCUAUGAAGGUUCAUCAGUCGUUCCUGGAUCCUAUGAAUUGGCAUCUGUUGUCUUCGCACCAGGCGCGUCCGUUCUCAAUGCUGGCAGUUUGUUCUAUUCUGGAGCAUGGACUUUGAAUACCGACGACUUGACUUUCGGAGUUCAUACCUUAAACUUCACCGGCACUGUAGUUUCAACCCAGACAGGUCCAAUGUUAUCUGCUGGAAACGCUCGUUACAAGUAUCUCGGCUGCUUCCAAGAUUACAUCAACAAUGUCCGUCUGGAACCCAAGGAAUAUGUCAGUGCAGCAAACAACACGAAUGGUCUGUGCCAGACUGAAGCUCUUGCUGCUGGUAUGAUUUUCGCUGGCACAGAGUACAUGCAAGAAUGCUGGGUCGGAAACAUCAUCCCCAGUGCCAGUCUCCAAGUCGAAGACAACUUGUGUGGUUAUGCGUGUGCUGGCGAUCCAACGCAGGUAUGUGGUGGCCUUGGAGGCUUGAUCUCGAUCUAUUACGACUCAACGCGAUACUUCCCAAGCAACGGAACCAUUGUUGGAGCCUCAGGCCUUGCUCCUUCUAUUCCUAAGACUCUUGCAGGCGGUUGGCAAUAUGCAGGCUGCUACUCCGAUUCAGCUACUGCACGAGUCUUGGUGGGCAAGACUUCCGCCGGGUCUACAAUCUCGUUGGAUACUUGCGCAACAUUCUGUUCCGCUUAUAGCUUCUUCGGUGUUGAAUAUGCUGAUGAAUGCUACUGCUCAAACACCCUUGCGACUUCCAGUGUUCUCCACGCGGACACAGAUUGUUCUAUGAAUUGCGCUGCGAACCAAUCCGAGUUCUGUGGUGCUGGAAGCAGGUUGUCUCUAUACUACAAGAACGGCACAACAAUCGCGGCUCCUUCAUCAACAACAUCAACGAACAUUGCCCUGACUGGAACGGCCACUGGGUCCUCCACCACGAAUUCUCCUGUCGCCUCUAGCAUACCGAACUCUUCAUUCAUGACCUUGGGAUGCUAUACCGACAACACUGUGACAUCUCGUGCAUUGGUUGGGGCAGCUACAGCAAGUGCAAGCAUGACUCUAGAAUUUUGCGCUGCUUACUGCGCUAACUACAAAUACUUCGGCGUCGAAUACGGCGAUGAAUGCUACUGUGGCAAUGCUCUUGCCACGACAACUUCACCUGCUACAGAUGGUCGAUGCAGUAUGAGCUGUGCGUCAAACAGCGCUGAGAUCUGUGGAGGCAGUUAUGGGAUGAACAUUUAUCUCGUGUCCACCUCCAACUCAACAAGCAGCCUGACUUCAACACAAUCUUCGGCGUCCGUCAGUGUUUCCACGUCUCUUGGGCUUACAUCGACGUCCCUCAGCAGUUCAGUCGCGACCUCAUCACGUGCCACGACUUCGAGCUCCGUUUCUGCGUCCCCCACGCCAUCUAUCCCUGCUACCAUUGGCCAAUUCACUUACCUUCACUGCCACAGUGAUAAUGUGACAACAAGGACUCUUCAAGGAAAGUACAUUGCAACAGCGGAUAUGACUCUUGAGAAUUGUGCAAGCAAUUGCACUGGAUAUGCUUAUUUCGGAGUCGAAUACGCUCGAGAGUGCUAUUGCAGUAACGUACUCACCUACGGAAGUUAUAUCGCAACAGACGGCAGAUGCUCAAUGAAAUGCGCCGGAAAUUCGCUUGAAUACUGUGGAGGCUCCAAUGGCUUGACACUUUAUCAGAACAUCACAGUUCUUGGAUCGUCUUCUUCACUUAGCUCGUCGAUGCCUUCCUCAACAAGCUCUCUAUCCUCAAGCGUACUGUCUUCGGUCUCGACCCUGUCAAGCUCGUCGAGUUCGAGCGUGCUUAGCUCGGUGACUUCUUCUGGUCUCAGCUCGUCAACCAGUCUGGUAUCCACCUCAAAUUCGAUCUCAAACCAGCAGUCCUCGACUUCGACACCGCUGUCCAGCACCAGCAUGAGUCUGUCGUCAUCAGUGUCAUCAUCGACACCUGUACCAAGCUCCAUUUCCUCAAGUCUAUUGUCAUCAUCCUCUUCGACAUUGCUCCUUAGCACUAGCUCAAGCGUCCUAUCAUCCGUCACAACGACAAGCUCCAGCUCUUCUCUUUCAUCUCUCACCUCUAGCACGCAGGUCUCAUCGACCCAAACAAGCACCAGUCUCCUUUCGUCAUCCUCGAGUCUCCUUUCCAGCUCUUCACAGCUAUCCAGCGUUUCCACAACGUCUACAAGCGUGUUACUGUCUACAAGCUCCGUAUCUACCUCUUCCAGCUCCAGUUUCAUGACAGUAACGACAUCUUCCAUGCUCUCAUCAAGCACGAGUCAAGUCCAAUCAUCCUCAUCCAUCAGUAGCUCGAAUGUCCCAACAGUAACACCAAACCCAUGGAUAUCCAUGGGCUGCGCAAAUGACUCAACCGCAUCUCGCGCCCUCUCAGGAUCCUCGAUGACAAACACAACCGGAAUGACCAUCGAAAUGUGCCAAGCCUACUGUACAUCCAAGAACUUCCCCAUGGCUGGUGUUGAAUACGCGAGUCAAUGUUACUGCGGAACAACCCUCGGUCCCAACUCCGCCACCGGCUUCACAGGCUGUUCUAUGGCGUGCGCGGGCAACAAGUCCGAAAUCUGCGGAGGUUCUUCCCGGUUGAGCGUUUACAACAAUACUGCUUUCGUUCCACCCGUUAUCCCGAAGACUGUUGGCAGUUACCAAUAUACCGGCUGUUACACCGAACUUUCCACCGGGCGAGCAAUGGGAUCGUUAGGCUUGACAAACACCACUGGCAUGACGGUCGAGAUGUGUAUCGGCGUCUGCGGGGCUAAGGGCACACCGUUAGCAGCGCUCGAAUACGGAUCUCAGUGUUUCUGUGGCAGUUCGAUCUCCCUUUCUUCGUCGGUGGUUGAUGAUAGUCAGUGUACGUCUAUGUUGUGUCCGGGGAAUAGCAAGGAGUGGUGUUCUGCGGGUAGUAGGUUACAGAUGUAUUCAACGGGUUCGUGAGGGUUUCUUGUUCAUAGAGCUUAGAUCAUAGACUGUAAAUGAUUGGGUGUUCGAUUGGUGUUGUAAAUGUUAGAUCUUCUUAUACAUUAUAAUGUAAUGGCCGUCCGAACUGUUCGUUCUUCAAUUGUACCUGAUGUCAAAUAGGUCUGAGUUUUAUGUCUGAAUGUUCUUUGAGACAGAGAU